CAAACUACAACGGAAGCCUGAGAGCAGCUGGCCAGGAUCCAAUCAGAGCGGCGCGUCUCCUGUAUAAAUACCAGCGCAGCCAAGGCUCUCCUCCCGCUUCCUCCCUUCCUCUCGUGCACUAUGGCUCGUACUAAGCAGACCGCUCGUAAGUCCACCGGCGGCAAGGCCCCGCGUAAGCAGCUGGCCACCAAGGCUGCCCGCAAGAGCGCGCCGGCCACCGGCGGCGUCAAGAAGCCCCACCGCUACCGGCCCGGCACCGUGGCGCUGCGCGAGAUCCGGCGCUACCAGAAGUCCACCGAGCUGCUGAUCCGCAAGCUGCCGUUCCAGCGGCUGGUGCGCGAAAUCGCGCAGGACUUCAAGACCGACCUGCGCUUCCAGAGCUCGGCCGUCAUGGCGCUGCAGGAGGCCAGCGAGGCCUACCUCGUGGGGCUGUUUGAGGACACCAACCUGUGCGCCAUCCACGCCAAGCGUGUGACCAUCAUGCCCAAGGACAUCCAGCUGGCCCGCCGCAUCCGCGGGGAGAGAGCUUAGGCCCAAUUUUCUACAU